AUGGCCGCUGCCCGGAUUCAGCGUUGGUCCCUCUUGCUGAGCGCCUACAACUACAAAAUUCAGUUCAAGCCAGGAAAGACGUUGAUUCCUGCAGACACCCUCAGCCGUUUACCGGUGCGGCAGGAGCAUAACAACACUAAGGCUGCAGAAGAUGACGCUCGUGCGUGCAACAGUGGCCCACCGCUGAGCAAAGACGUCUGGUUCAAGAACUACGGAGUGGGUGACAAAUGGAAACCAGGCUCGUUAGAGUCCACCGAAGGCUCGCGAAUGGCAACGGUAAAGACAGCAGAUGGGGAGCAACAUCGCCGCCACCUCGACCAGCUAAAAACCAGGAGGACCAGCGUGGGAGGAGAAGCGAUGGAACCCGAGGCCCCCAUGCAAGCAGCAACGACUAAAGGCAGCCAAAACGCAGCGGCAGACUCGCAGUCUCAAGGACACGACAGCAGUCACAGUCAGGCUCAAGUAGGCACCGACAUUCGAACGCCGUCAGACGGGCGGGCCGAAGCCGAGGUUGCUACCAGAGAGCCGCAAGUGACUGACCGGGCUGAAGUGACACUGCGUAGGUCGAAGCGGAAGCCCCGGCCCCCGGACCGCUUCACUCCUUAA